CGUACUCGGACUAAAGCAACUGGCGGGCGGAAUCCUCCCUCCUCAAGUCCCCCAGCACCGCCUUUGUCUUGCCCGCCUGCGGAUUUUGCGAAGGAUGCUGUGACGAACGAAAACAACCCCAUGUACAUAAGAAGAAGAGGACAUUCUGGCCCCAAGAAAAGUUUCGAAACACGCUGCGCUCUUCUUGUCUCCGCGCACCUCCCACACCGCCUGGCUACACCACCUUGUAGUCCGUUCGCUCCCCCCUCCAUGCGCAUAGGAGAGCUCCACCAUGCCCAACGAGCCCGUAUCCGGCGAACCCCCUAUCGCAGAAUCGAAAGAUACCACAGCGCCCACGACGAGUAGCCAGCCGCCCAAGGAAGUCAAGCAGGAGGUCGAGUAUGACGAUUUCGGACUCCCUAUUCGCAAAGCCCGCCCGAGGGCGCCGGUAGAGAGCGAUUCGGAUGAGGAGGAACAAUUCCAGGAUGCGGUAGCUUCUUCUUCUAAGGGGUCGGUCAAGGAGAAGGUUGAGAUUCUGGAAAAGAAGGUGGAGGCAGAAAUUGCAGAAAAAUUGCCGGAAAAGGGAAAGGAGAAGGUCGUUGGUGCGGAGGUUCAGGAGAAGCUUGCUGACUCGGAGGUUCACCAGAAAGUUGCAAGCUUGGAGGAGAAAGAGAAGGUAGCUGGCUCUGAGGAGAAAGGGAAAGUAGCUGACUUGAAGGAGAAAGAGAAGGCUGCCGGCUCCGAGGAGAAAGUCGUUGGUGAACAGAAUACACCGGACACAGCACAAGAGAAGGAGAAAAUAGAAAAUGAAGCCGAGGAGAGCCCAGGAAUUGGACACCAAGGGCAAGCUUCAGUACAAUCGCAAGACGCGGCUCAGGGUUCCAAGUCCCAUUCAAGAAAUGAGAAUAGUGUCUCGGGUUUUUCCCACCAACCGCUUGUUCCCGCAAAACAAGAGAACGAAGCCGGAAAAGAAGACGAUGACGGCGGUUGGCAGACCAUGCCUGCAUACGCACACUAUGAUAUGUACGAUGACGAUAAUAAGCUCAUUGCACGAGAGAACGCAGAGGAAUUGGAGGAUAUGAGUGGCUAUGGCAAUCUGGGAGGCGCUGCAAAGGGAUAUACUCGUGUCACUCUGGACGAUGAUGUCGAAUCCCAGACCAGUAUGGACGACAACACGGCCUAUCUUUUCAAAGAGAAAAACAACACAUUGUAUGAAGACGAUGACGAGGCAGCGAGGGAUCCGUUAUCUCAGAUGCAGACCACCAAAGAGCUUCUUACCGAAGGGCAGCGUGUUGCAUAUGUCGGCUUAGUGCGGCUUGCAAUGGUAGAAAUGCAGAAGAAAAUAACCGACCUCGAACGCACAAAGAGCGCGAAGAAGGUGCUGGAUCUAUCCCAGGAGACAUCCAUGAUGUGGUCUCAAAAAAUGAUGGUUCGACUUUAUUCUCACAUGGACAUCGAUGCUUCGGAACAGAUCAUGAUCGAACAGCUUUCACAACACGGUGUCAUACCAGACGACCUUACCCCUGCCCUUAUGCAGAACGCUCGUGUGAAGAAUCCCGCAAGGGAGGAAGAAGCCGAGUCCGUACUCUCUCCUGGCACACCAUCGAUGUCCUCUCCACGCCCUGAGUCCAUCAACGACAAGGAGAAGAGCGUCGAGCACCUAGGGUCAAGAUCGCCUUCCAUAACCUCUCCGCGACUGGAUUCUCUGCGUGAGAAAAACAAGUCAGCACUAUCACUCGAUUCGCCGGAUCCAAUUGCAACCCCUCCACCGCCCCCAUACCAAGAGCACGAGGGAGAAGAUUUACCAGCAGUGCGAACUCCUUCACAGUUGCCUGAUACUAAGAACAUUGACAUUGAUCUUCGUUGGACCGUGCUGUGUGAUCUCUUCCUUGUUCUCAUUGCAGAUUCGGUUUAUGACGCUCGCUCAAGAACACUACUGGAACAAGUAGGAAAAUACCUCAGCGUUGACUGGCUGGAGAUAUGCCGGUUCGAAAAGCGAGUCACUGAUGCUCUGGAGAUGCAAGAAGAAGCAGCCAAAGAGAAUUGGAACGAAGAUGAACAUAUCGAGGCACGGAGGAAGCGUGCACGCAAUAAGCGAAUUGCUCUGAUGGGUCUCGCAACUGUUGGCGGUAGUCUGGUCAUUGGCCUGUCUGCUGGAAUUCUUGCGCCCGUCAUCGGCACAGGUCUCGCCCUGGGAUUUGGCACCAUCGGUAUAGGAGGUACUGGUACCUUCUUGGCUGGCGCAGGAGGUGCCGCCAUCAUCACGACAACGGGUGUCCUCAGUGGAGGAACCAUUGCUGUCAGAGCCGCCGAUAGGCGAACCGGAGCCGUUCAAACGUUCGAAUAUCGGCCUUUGCAUAACAACAAGCGUGUCAAUCUGAUCGUUACAUUGGCAGGUUGGAUGAACGGCAAGGUUGAUGACGUCCGACUGCCAUAUAGUACAGUCGAUCCCAUCAUGGGUGAUAUUUACUCCGUUCUUUGGGAACCAGAAAUGCUACGGAGUAUGGGAGAUACUAUCAAUAUCCUAGCAACCGAGGCUUUGACGCAAGGAUUGCAACAAGUGUUGGGUAGCACUAUCCUCAUUGCACUUAUGAGUGCUAUUCAAUUGCCUGUUGCCUUGACGAAAUUGUCUUACCUCAUUGACAAUCCCUGGACGGUGUCACAAACUCGAGCAGACAUGGCAGGACUCAUCCUUGCGGACUCCCUCAUCGAACGCAACCUAGGCACACGACCCGUAACACUGGUUGGCUUCUCUUUGGGAUCCAGGGUCAUCUAUUCUUGUCUCAAAGAGCUGGCGAAACGAGGAGCAUUCGGUAUUGUCGAGAAUGUAUACAUGUUCGGAACGCCUGUUGUCGCAAAGAAAGAUGACUACAUCCGCGCCAGAGCAUUGGUUCCUGGACGAUUUGUGAACGGUUACGCAAAGAAUGAUUGGAUUUUAGGCUACUUGUUCAGAGCCACUGGAGGAGGUAUCUCGAGAGUUGCUGGUCUUGCAAGUGUUGACGUUCCCGGCAUAGAGAAUGUUGAUGUUACAGAGCAUGUGCCUGGACACAUGGCAUACAGAGCAGCAAUGCCAAAGUUACUGCGCGAAGUGGGAUGGAUUGUGGAAAGCGACGAAUUCACCGAAAUCGAAGAUCCAGAUCCAGAAAACCACGAAAAGAGGCAGCGGGAGCUUAUCAGCGAGAUCGAGGAGGCGAGGAGGGAAUUGGAGAAGAAGCAGGAAAAGAAGGGAUUCAGCUUCUGGCGGAAAAAGAAGGCCGAGAAGAAGGACUGGGAGGUAUACGACGAGAAAUCGCAAGCAGCUCCAGAGAACAAGCCCCCUGGCGAAAAUCCUGUCAUGUUUGACAUUGACGAACUUCGAAAGGAAGUUGCGCUGCUCUCUGCCGAAGGAAUCGAGAUCAAAGAGAUCAAGUCGACACUACCACCUAUGAAGAUAGACAUGGCGGCAACAAGCCCCUCUCCAUAUUCGACACUGCGCGAGACGAAAAGUUUCAACGAUAGCAUUGGCUCUCAACCGGGUGCCAGUGGCAGUGGAAGCAACCAAUAUCUUUCCAGCAACGGCGCUCACGAUCAGACCAAGAAGACGAGCUAUGACGAAUAUGACGAGUACGAAGAUGGAGGCAUGACGAUGACAUUCGAAACUUCCUUCAAGGACCCGCCUUCCAGUUCUAGGUUUCCCAGUCAUGAUGCCGACAAAUCUACAUGGGGUGCUAUGCCAGAGCGCCCGCAACUAAGGUCGGCUGCCACUUCUCCUAAUAUAAAUGCAGCACCGAGUUACAAUGCUUGGGCCGACGAGGACGACGAUGACUUUGGAAAAGAGAAGGAGAUCAAGAUGACUUUUGCAUAGACAACCUGUAUACUGUUACUCGGUGUAACCAACAUCAUUUGAGCGCGCAUUCAGGGACGGAGCAUUGGCGUUGUUAGUAGAGGCAUCGAUAGCCUCCACUAUUCUUCUUUCAUUUAAUGCGAUAUUAUUAUUGCGGCUACUCUGAAGAAGAUUUCUUGCCUUUAUAUUCAAUAAUCAGCCCUCUGAACGGGCAGUGUAUCUAACUAAGUGCAGAGCCAAAAAUACAUAUCAAUCCCAAC